AUGUCUGCUUCUCUCGACGGUAUUGUCAAAUCAGUUGUUAGUGGUAACACCAUCAAAGUUUGCCAUCCUCAAAGAGCUGAUAAAGAAAAGGUUCUCGUUCUUGCCGAUGUCAAAACUCCACGUAUUGGAUCUAAAAACGAUGAAGAUGAGUUUCGAGUCGAUUACACUGUGAAAGAAACAGGCUUGAAUUAUGCCACCAUCUUUUUGGGUGAUGAGAAUAUUAAUGAGGCUGUUGUGGAGGCCGGUUUUGGUGAGGUCAAAGAGGUCAAGAAUCCAAGCGAGGAUCACAAGAGAUUGCUCGAACUCCAAAAAGUUGCCAAAGAAAACAAGAUUGGAAGAUGGGAUACUGGCAAUAAAAAGAUUGCCAAGACAUCCAACAAUGCCGAAAUUGAUGUUCAACAAUUGUUGAAAUCAUUCAAAUCCAAGGCUAUUAAUGUCAUUGUUGAAUAUGUACUCAAUGGUGCCACUUUGAAGGUCAGACUCCCUACUCAUGAAGUUGUCUUGUUGAAUUUGACUGGUGUCUACUGCCCACUCUUCAUCAAGAAUAAGAAGGAAGGAACUGAACUUGCUCAACCUUUCGCCAAGGAAGCUAAGCUUCACACUGAAUAUCGUUUGUUGAACAGAGAUGUUACUGUUUUGUUUGAAGGUAUUGACAAUACUGGUAACUUGCAUGGAAGUAUCAUUAUUUCUGCUGAUGAAACUAGCGACAAGCCAGUCACUUAUCAAGAAGAAUUAUUGUUGACUGGUUAUGCAUCUGUUGAUGAAAGAAGCGCUCCAAAGUCUAAAUAUGCACAAAGAUUCAGAGCAGCAGAACAAAAAGCAAAAGAUGAAAAAAAAUGUUUGUGGGUUGACUAUCAACCAAAGAAACAAUCGUUGGAACAAUCCGAUACCGAUUUCACAGCUAGAGUUUUGGAAGUUUUGUCAGGUGAUACUUUGAAGAUUAUCAAGAAUGAUGGAACUGAAGAGAAAAUCAGUCUCUCCAACAUUAAGACACCAAAAUAUAAUCCAUACGCUAAGAAGCAAGAAAAGAAGGAAGAUAAGGAAGGAGAAUCAGAAAAGAAGGGUGAAACUCAACCUUGGGGCUAUGAAGCUAAAGAAUUGUUAAGAAGCAAAGUGGCUGGAAAAGAAAUUCAUGUUGAAGUUGACUACAAGAAGGAAAUGCAAUCAACAAAGGAAGUGAGAAGAUACUGCACAGUUUUGGUGAAUAAGAAAUCAGUUGCAGUAGAGUUGGUUAGAGAAGGUUUUGCCUCUGUCAUUAAACUCAGAGCUGACGAGGAGAGAUCAUCCGCUUUUGACCAACUUAUUUUGGCUGAAAAUGAUGCUCAAAAGAGACAAAAGGGUAUUCACGGAAAGAGAAGAGCACCAAACCAAGUCUUUACUAACGUUACAACAUUUGAUGCUGUCUCCAAAUUGUACAAACUGUUGAGCGGAAAGUCAACUGCUACCAAGGGAUACAUUGAAAAGGUUCUCUCUACAAACAGAUUUGUUAUCAACCUUCCUGGUGAUAGCUCCACAAUCAAGUUCUCCAUGUCUGGUAUUGCUACUCCAACCACUGGAAAUGAUUUGGCAAAGGAGGCUUUCCAAUAUGCCUUGCUCAAUACUUCAUGCAGAGAUGUUGAACUCGUUUUGGAAAGUGUUAUUACAACUGGAGACAAGCAACAGCAAGGUGUUAAGCAAGGAGUUUUGUGUGGUCAAUUAUUGAUUGGAGGAAAGAACUUUGCUUACAAUUUACUCGAGAAUGGUUUUGCUAUUACUCAAGAUUUUGCUAGAAAAUUAAAAAAGAAGAAGGUCCGAGAAGAACAAGAAGAAGAGGUUGAAAGACCAAUUUCUCAACGUUUCUCUGUUUCUUCCGCAAGAAAUGCUCAAACUAUCAGAGUUACUGAUUUUGAAGAUGUGACUACCUUCUAUUACCAUGGUGCUGAUGUUGUGAACAGAUUGAAAGAGAUUGACCAAUUAAUUCAACAACUCAACCCUGAGACUCUUCCAACUCUCUCCUCUCCAUCUGUUGGUUCUUUAUGUCUUUCACAAUUCACUGAAGAUAACAAUUGGUACAGAGCAAAGAUUGUUUCUAUCAACGAUUCUAAUUGUAUUGUGUUGUAUUCUGAUUUUGGUAACAGUGAAGAGAAGCCGCUCUCCUCUCUCAAACAAGUUCCAGCUGAAAGUGAACUCUUAAAGAUCAGGCCAUGCGCUCAAAAGGCUCGUUUGGCUUUCGUUAAACCACACAGACAAUUGUUCAGAGUUGAUUUGGAAACCCUUUUAAGAGAUACCCUGAUGGAAGGUGAAUGGUUAUUAACUGUUGAAUAUGUCGAUAACGGUAUUGAAUAUGUCACCUUGCAACCAAAGGGUGCCAAGAAUCAAGACACCAUCAACUCUCAAAUUGUGCGAAGUGGUUUGGCAUUCAUUGACAGACCAGUUCUUCAAAGACAUUUCAAGAAUUUAUUGGCCUCCUAUGAAGAGGAUAGAGAAUAUGCUGCCUCAAAGCAUUUGAACUUGUACGAAAUGGGAGAUUUUGGUGAUGACACUGACGACUUUGAGGAAGAGGAAAACUAA